GCUUGAGCAGACGUAGCCAUGUUGAGGAUAGUGAGCCUAGCAGUGGCCCUCGGCGCGUGUGCGGCGAUACCCGGCCAGAGGGACGACCCUCUGAGGCUCGUCGGCGGAGACCCCCAGCCCCUGCCCGCUCGCGCUGUCGACAACCCUGCCACGCCCAACCAGAUCCUUGACGCAGUCCUCGAGGGCGCUGUCCAAAACAUGCAAACCUUAGGGUGGUGCGAAUCGAAAAACGUGCAGAAUGGGGAGUCGAUCCUGCCCCUCCAGGUGGACAUAAUCGGACACAGCUCGGAGAACUUGGUGAUCACACAUGCCAACGCGACCGGACUCUGCUCCCUCCGCCGCUCCAAGUCUGCGUCCUUCAACACCAACCAGGGCGUGCUCACGGGCUCCGUCGUCAUGGAGGACGUUCGCGUCAACGCCGCUUUCAGUGUCCAGUUCGACGGCGUUGGGGAAGCCCCGGCCCAGACUGAGGCCGGCCAGGUGGUGGAGCAGGUGGAAAAGCUGUUCGCCGACAUCCAGAUCAACUUGGAGAACCUUGUGCCUCAGAGCAUCGCGAGUUACAAGGUCAGGUUGGGUCGUGACGAACUGAAGAAAGUGACCAACUUGGAAGACAGUGCUAUGAAGGACGUCCACGUGGCCGGCUUCAGGAAGGCUUUGCGGGAGGUCCUGAAGAAGAUCAUGGCCACCAACGUCAAGGUGCAAAUCAACAAGUCCAUCCAGAGCAUGAAGAGUGCCUAAUUCCCCUGUGGAAUGCCUUAUUGAUCAGUGAGUGUACGGAGAGACAAAUAAAAU